AGUAAUCAAUCAUCUAUAUUAAGAGCACUUUAGUGUAAACAUGACAGCUAAUUUGUUCAUUUAUUAGUCUGAUUUAAAUGUGUAUAGAGUGGAGCAAUCGUUCAUCACUGGAAGUGUGAAUAAAUUGUAAAGAUGAGACAAAAAUGGCACAUUUGUGAUGAUGAUUCUUGUAUACAUUAGAAAACAGUUCUGAGGAGGCGAUGUAAGGGCAACAGCAGAACUUGGAAAGGGGGGUCAUUGCCAGACAGAUGGGAUGCCAUCAUGGGAGGCGGCUGGGGAAGUGCUGACUGAGCUGGGCCAAACAAAGCAUCUAAAGCGUCCAGACAAUCCUGGUCCCGACCCAGACCGUCCUGGCACACAGAAAGGCCAGCUCAGUCAGCGACAAGCCCAGUCUCGGAGCCGAUGAAAAGAUAAUUCCCCCCUCGCAGACCACAUGCAGCGUGGGGCCGCUUGUGAGCGCUGACAGAGCAAGAUCAAGCAGAAAGGAUAUGAGUGGGAAACUUCAAAACCUGCUCAUGUUUCUGGGCCCGUGAAAGGAUUUGUAUAACACAUUCACGUUUGAUGGACUUUCCCAUGUACCCCAAGACAGCUCUUUUGCUGUUGACGUGUUCAAAUAAUGAAUCUCUUAUGCUUAAUUUUUUUCCCUCAGAGCAAGGCCGUGUUUCUAGUGGUUUUGCAGGGAUGCUGGGUAAUCCAGUCAGUCUCGCGCCACAGCUGAGAACAGAUGGAGUACCGCUGAUUCUACAGCUGCCAGGAAAGCGGAAAAAGAAGCAUUUUCUGAUGAAUCCAAAGAAAUCGCUCAUACAUUGUCUUCCUCAGGAGUUGAAAUGGAACGUUUGUGUGUGAUUCUCUUGCUUGUAAGUAAAACUUUCAUAGCGAAUGCUCAAUUCAAUGGGUUCAACUGUGAUGCCAACUUCCACAGCCGCUUCCCCGCCGAGCGGGACAUCAGUGUGUAUUGUGGAGUUCAAACCAUAACUCUGAAGAUUAAUUUUUGCCCGGUGCUUUUUUCUGGCUACACUGACACUGACCUGGCACUGAAUGGGCGUCACGGGGAUGCCCACUGCAGAGGCUUCAUCAACAACAACACGUUCCCCACGGUUGUGCUGUUUAGCAUCAGUCUCAACACUCUGGAGUCUUGCGGAAACUCACUGGUGGUCUCUACGGCUCAUGGGCCCAACGCCUAUGGGAAUCUUUCCCUGGUCCAGAUUGGGAAUAUAGCAGGAUACAUUGACACUCCGGAUCCCCCGACUGUCAUCAGUUACCUACCAGGACUGCUUUACAAGUUCAGUUGUAGCUACCCACUGGAAUACCUGGUCAACAACACACAGCUUGCUUCGUCGGCCGCAGCGAUAUCAGUGAAGGACAGUAAUGGUACUUUUGUUAGCACGCUCAAUUUGCUUCUAUACAACGACUCCUCAUACAUUCAGAACCUCGCCAUCCCAAUGUCUGGACUUACUCUGAAGACGCGAGUGUUCGCCGCUGUAAAAGCCACCAACCUAGAUAGGAGGUGGAACGUUCUGAUGGACUACUGUUACACCACUCCCUCUGGAAAUCCUAAUGAUGAGCUGCGAUAUGAUCUUUUCUUUGGAUGCGAUAAGGACCCACAGACGACAGUGUUUGAGAACGGGAAGAGCCAGAUGGGUCGCUUCUCCUUUGAGGUGUUUCGCUUUGUCAAGCACAAAAACCAGAAAAUGUCGACUGUUUUUCUGCACUGCGUGACCAAGCUGUGUCGCUCUGAUGACUGCCCCAUGCUCCUGCCCAUCUGCGGUAAGAGGAAGAAAAGGGAUGUGUCAGAAAGAAGCGGUGGUGCCUCAGACAAUGCAGUUAUAACCGCUGGACCCAUCAUCACCCGAAGUGAUGAAACUCCCAGUAAUAUAUCCCAACUAGCGCAGUUAAACGGCCCUCCAUUCAAAAUGAAUUCAGUGACGAGCGCUUUAAUUUCUGCCAUCGCGAUCCUCGCCGUUAUGAGCAUGUGUUUCUUCAUCUUGUCUAUGUCGCUGCUGAGGGGAAAACAGACGCCAGCAACAUCUCUAUCAGGAUCCCACAACCCAGCGUUCAGCUAAAUGCAAACACACACACACAUAUAUAUGACUGUUCAUUCAGCUAAACAAUAGCACAAUACCCAUGUGCAGAGCUCUUCGGUUACAAACUCAUGCAGUACAGGGAAAUAAUAUCAUGAUAUCACUCUACACAGCCUUUAGCUAGGUACAGUUGCCUUUAUUUGUUACAAAGCAACUUAACACAUAACACACAAUUAAACAAUAAGUCUUUAAAAUAGUUCUCAAGCAGGAAUGAUGCCUGGUUUUAGACUCAUUUUAAUUGUUUAUGUAAUGUUAUUUUAUUUUAUGAAAUGUAAUUUCAACAAAACCACAUGAGAUUCCAGUUAAACCUUUUAAACACAUGACUAUUGAUGUUUUUGGAAAACAUUACCAGUGGAAUAAGUUGAUAAUGGUUUAAAAUGCAUUUUUAAAAUGGCCUUGGUAAAUCAAAAACUAAAUUUACAUCCACACCACUAGGUGUCAGUGUCCAAGGACUUUUUUUUACAUCAGAGCUGGCUCAUGAAGUAUUUCGUCCCUUUUCAUUUUUCAAUGGGGAUUUUAAAAGUCUCUGUAAAAGCAUUUUAAGUCAUGAACCAAAUCAAUUAAACAAAUAAUACAUUUUAAGCAAGAUCAUGAAUUAAAAUUUAAACAAAAAAUUAAGUUCUUGAACUUCAGGACAUGAAGAAGAAAAAAAUGUACAAUACA